UAAUUCUACUCACGAGACACUCCAUAAAAUCCUCAAAAGUUAUCCACCGUCAGAUUACGAUCCAAAUCCUCAGACAGUCAAUUCCAAAUCACCGCCCUCAGAUGCGUUGACUGACCCCAUCACCGUUACCUUCAAAACCGUCGAUCACAACCCACCAAUCUCUCUCCCUCUCUCUCUCUCUCUCAGGUGAAACCCUAAGCAGCUCUCGAAACUCCAAAGGCCCGACCUUUACAUCUCGCUUUAAUUGCAAGAUGCUGUAGGAUCAGUUUUACGUCAGGAACUUCAACUUCUAUCCUCAAUAUCUGUUAAAAGCUCUGUGGUUGUAGAAUGGAUUCAGAAUCUGCUGAUUCAUCAACUUUUCCUCCUCCUAAAGCUUCUGAUAGACAACCUCCAGCUGCCAUACAAACUCCAGCUGCUGCUGAUUCUGGACUAGAUAAUUCUCCUCGUGAUGCUCCAUCUAGAUUAUCUCCUUCUGGAAUAUCUUCAUGGGCCAAAAGUUUGAAAAUUCCUCAGCCAUUGGUGGCCACACAAGAUGAGUCUCCAACUGGAAAUGCCGGAAAAUCAACUUUUGCACGAUUUACUAGUGGAUUGGCACUGCGCUUGUCUCCAAAAGCUCCUCUAUCGGAUGAUAGUUCUGAUGGAACUUCAGCUGCGCAACCUGGUUUUAUUGGAACUAUUACAAAGGGGUUGGUCGACUCCUCUAGGAAUGCAGUGAAGGCUGUACAGGUUAAGGCUCGACAUGUUGUCUCUCAAAAUAAACGAAGAUACCAGGAAGGAGGAUUUGAUCUGGAUAUGACCUAUAUCACAGAGAAUAUAAUUGCUAUGGGGUUCCCUGCUGGUGAUUUGAGCUCUGGGUUUUUUGGUUAUGUUGAGGGGUUCUAUCGAAAUCACAUGGAAGAAGUGAUAAAAUUCUUUGAAACUCAUCACAAGGGAAAGUACAAAGUGUAUAAUCUUUGUUCUGAGAGGCUGUAUGAUGCGUCCUUAUUUGAAGGAAAGGCGGCUUGCUUCCCGUUUGAUGACCAUAAUUGCCCUCCAAUUCAACUGAUAAUAUCAUUUUGCCAAAGUGCUUACUCGUGGUUGAAGGAGGACAUUGAGAAUGUUGUGGUGGUGCAUUGCAAGGCUGGAAUGGCAAGAACAGGGUUGAUGAUUUCUAGUCUUCUUCUGUUCUUGAAGUUCUUCCCAACAGCUGAGGAGUCGAUUGACUACUACAAUCAGAAAAGAUGUUUCGACGGAAAAGGGCUUGUUCUGCCGAGUCAGAUUAGGUAUGUCAAAUAUUUUGAACGUGUUCUAACAUACUUCAAUGGGGAAUGCCCUCCUGGGCGUAGGUGCAUGCUGAGGGGAUUUCGAAUUCACAGAUGCCCUUAUUGGAUCAGGCCCUCCAUUACUGUUUCUGAUCAUAAUGGUGUUCUCUUCUCCACAAAAAAGCAUCCAAGAACCAAGGAUCUUUCGCCAGAAGAUUUUUGGUUUAGUGCGCCCAAGAAGGGGGUAAUGGUCUUUGCUUUGCCAGGGGAGCCAGGUCUGUCGGAGUUGGGUGGGGACUUCAAAGUCCAUUUUCAUGACCGUCAAGGAGAUUUCUACUUCUGGCUGAACACAACAAUGACGGAAAAUAGAAAAGUUUUAAACACCAAUGAUCUUGACGGAUUUGACAAGAGGAAACUGCCUUCCCCGGGAUUUCAGGUUGAGGUUGUGCUGGUAGAUUCCAACGGCAUUGUUACUUCAACACCCAACACUGAAACUGCUGCCAAGAAAACAGAUGAAAGCUCGGGGACUUCUCCUGCAUCAGUUGAUGAGGGUGCAUCCAGACCAAGCCAAAACAAAGACUCGAAAGGUCGUGAUAAAGAUGAUGUUUUUUCGGAUAGUGAGGCAGAGGAAAUCGGUUCUUCAAAGAGCAGGCAAGCAGAAGCAGCUUCUGCAGCAAGAGGAACUGUCAUCAAUACCACCUCCAGUUCUGAGACUAGGACAAAUUCAGAUCAAAUUGCAAGUGUAUCUCGUGAGACUGAACAUUUAUCUCUGGGAAACACUGGCCCAACACAGAUGCAUGUUGAUAGUGAGCGUAAAAGUGAUGCUGUUGGUGGAGCUGUACCAGCCCUUGAGGUGCCCAACACAGAAAGUGAAUUCAAGGCAAUGGCUGCUGAUGCUUCUGUCUUUACAUUUGGAGAUGAUGAGGACUUCGAAAGUGAAUAAACCGGUGCGUUGGAUUGUUUGCUUUAAAUUCAGAUAAUUUGUACAUAAAAUGGCUUGCUAGUUGUAAAUGCACCAAUUGCUUAUAAGAUGGUCAUGUUCAAUCCAUUUGUUUACUUGGUAAUGUAACGUCUGGUUCGGUUCUGGUGUAUUGGAUUGUUAAAUAAAAUAUUUGGCUGGACGUGAGAAUAAUUUUUAUAUUAUGAAUUUGUUUUAUUA